AUGGCCAACAUAACGAAAGAAGUUUCAAGCAAAGCAAAUCAUGACGAAUCGCGCUCAAACUGCCACAAGCACAACGACACUUCAGGAUCUAAUUUGUGGUACCAAGAAAAGCAGCACUAUAUCAACGGUGAAGGUCCUCAACUAGGGGAAACUCUCGCCGAUACAGAACAGACCUGCGAAGACCACAUGUACACAAGUGCAUUAAAAGAGAUGGGAGACACCGAGGGCGUUUCGCCCACGUAUACCCUCAAUCGACUAAGUCUUGAGCCACCGAAGUGGGGCGCUACAGCUCAGUACAAACGUAACCCUAACCCAUAA